AUGGACUCCGUAUUCCUUCAGGGUUUUUCUGGAUCCCCGGCAUCGGCGACCUCAACUCCCGAGGCAUGGGCUUCGUUCGGACGCCAUGUCCCUCCAGAUCGGACCGAUGAGAUUCGAUCGUUGACUCUGAUUGAUCCAUCUGUCGUUCAAUGGCUCGGCAAUUUAAUGUCCGCCCCGGUGGCUUCGAUGACCCGAGAAAUCAAAUAG